AUGCAGGGCCCCGAGGGAAGCAAAUUCAAGGGCUGCUUUUCAAAUGAGAAUAGCUCCGUGGAAAGGCCUGUCUCUGGUCAUUCUCAUCCCCCUUCUCUCCCAGGUCACAAAGAGGGCAGCAAGUCAAAUACUGGCCAGGACUGGGGAUGGGCCCAUGCAAGCGUGGACAGAUUUGCUGUGCUGUAUGACAUAUGGACCUGGGAAGCAACUCUUCUAGAAAAUAAGCGCCAGCUUCUUGACAGUUACUUUGAAGCCUACCAGCACGUGUUGGACCCCGAGGAGAGGUUUGCCUUAGCACAAGUGAUCACUGACAUCAUGCACAGGUGCCCAAGGUUUGAUUUCAGCCACCCUUAUUUCAUUAAGGCCUACAAAGAUGAAUGCACCUGCCUGAGGCUUCACUUGCAGCUGGUGAGGGGCAUCCUCAAUCAGCACAUAGAGCGCCAGCGGGAGUAUGUCCAGAGGCUUUGGCAAAGAGGCCAUCCAGAUGAUAGCAGUAACUUUGGACUUCCCCUUAACAUAAUUUGCAAACAACUUAUUUCCAUCAACAAUAGCUGCCCGUCUUUGAAAAACACGUAUCUGCUGGAGUUCCACCCUUCCCUGGGCCUGGCAUCGCUCAUCCCCCGAUCUCUUGAUCACCUUCUCCAGGAGGCCCGUCACACCUGCAGACCCACAUCAGCCAGCAGCCUCACCUUGCUGGAGAGACGCGUGCUGCGGCUGGCCCUGGAUAUGUGGCUCACACCGGCCCAGCCUGAGUCCUGGUACAGCCCACGUCUCCACAAAGAUCUGUUUUCAGCUAAAGUAAUGGGAGAUCCCUUUCUCAUGGAGGAGAUAGGUCUACUUGCACUCAAGUCCGCAGCAGACGAAGGACAGAACCAAAGCCAAGAUUCUCACAUGCUGCUCCUGGAGACAUUUUCCAAACUUCUGGAACUCGUGACCCUCCGCCACCGGCUGAUAGAAAUGAGUCUGGAGAGUGUACACUUAGCUCGUCUCUAUAAGGAACUGGCAUGGGAGAUGGGUUUUGAAGAGUGCCAUUUGUAUCUGAGGCCUGUUCACUUUGAAUUUGCAUCACACAAGGACAAAGUGGACCAUCCACCUCCUGUUUUUAUCACCUCUCUGCUGGAGGACAGUGAUCGAGUGGACAGAUAUUCUCCUACUACUCUUGUGUUAGCCAUCUCUGAGGUGGAUGAUAACCAGGUUGGCAAGUUUAGCUUUUAUACGAAGGAAGCCAUCCUUAAGCUCUUAUUCCAUUCAGGAGUGGAAAACAUGCAAGUGACCCUUGCAUGCCAAGCUGCUCAGAAAAAUGCUUUGAUGGUGGCUGUCCAACAGGCAUCCUUCUAUCACACGUCCCGAUGGGGCUGUUCUGCUGAUGUGAAGGAAACAAGUUCAGAUCUGAGAAAUCAUGGUGGAAUGGGUCCAGCCAGAAAAAGAAAUUCCGGAAUUGUGAAUGGCAUAGAAAACUUGCGGUUAGCCCCAACUCCUAAAGUUCCAGACACCUUCACUCAUCCUUCGGAAAGAUUCCAGGCUACCAAAAGGGCACCAGAGGCUUUUGUGUCUAUUCAACUAGAAAAGGUGGGGCUGCGGGACAUGAUGCUGAACGCCUUCCUCCUCAGGAAACAAACGAUGGCUGACAGAAUGAAGAACCAUGAUGAAAUUGGUAAAGUCAAGAGAGACGUUAUAGUUGAAUAUUGUCAGAAACUGAACUGCCGUAUGUCUCACUAUGCUCUUCGGGGUCAGAUCAUGGCAUACUGCAAUAGCCUGAGAGCCCUGCUGGAAGAUUUCCCUGCUAUCAGGGACACCUUUUUCAUUGUGGGGCAACCACGAGAAAAGAAAGGGUUGAGAGACUCCAAGGAGGGCCUCAAGGCUGACCCCAGGAGUUUUCAGCCCCGGCCACGAUGUUUGCUGUCUGCUGACGGGAAAGUCUUCCUCAAUAUAUGGUUCAUACCCCAUCCUUCUGAAGUGCUGGUUAUGUUCAAAACUCUGCCAGAAAAGGCAGCUUUUCAAGCCUUAAAGCUAACUCUACAGCUGAUAGCCCCUCUCCAUGACAUUGUGGCCUACCUUUUCAGUUUUGCUAAACUUGGAAAUUGCUCAACAUGUUUUAAAUUUCCUCUAAGUGCUAACCCUUUGAAAGGUGACUGGGGAGGAACUGAGGGCAUUGGUAAGUGAUUAAAGGUGAUUCAAAUCACCUUCAAUAUUCGCUUGAAAUUCUAUGAAGCUCUUCCUGCACCCCCACCGCCCCAACUUUACUGCAGUAUAAUUGGCAAAUAAAAUUGUAAGCUAUUUAAAGUGUACAAUGUGGUAACUUGAUAUGCUCACACAUUGUAAAAGAUUUCUCCCAUCUAGUUAAU